AUGGAGCAGGAGAGGCAGUGGUGGACGAGCCAGCUCGCUGCAGACAUCCACCAGUCUCUACGAAUAAAGGUGAACGUCUCAUUCUGAUUCUCUGAUGUCUCUUGCAGCCUAAUCGUUUUUAUCCACAACAAACAAGGUGCUUAGUUGAAUUACACAAAUACCAUCAGUAAAUGACGUGUGUGUAUUUUAUUUGACAGUAGUGAGUUCAUCUAUUCCUGUUCUACUUACUGUCUUUGAUGCUGAGGUGUGAAAUGUCCCCCCUGAGGUUUGGGCUUAAACAAUAACGCUUGAGGUGGUUUCCCUGUCUGGUUAGCAGAACCUCUGCCACAGCCAGGGUAACAAUUGGCUGCGUUUAGACAGGCAGCCCAGAUCUUUUCACAUCAGAUAUUUUUCAGAUCUGAAAAAAAUAUCAGAUUUGUGGUGGCUGUCUAAACGCAGCCAUCUUAUGUAUUUCAAUAAGACAUAUAGAUGCACUUAUCUGACCCAUUAUAUUUUGUAGUUCAGGAUUUCCACCAUCCAUCAGGGAUUGACAAUUAAUGUUUGCGAACAAUAAUAAACCCAAAGAAGGCUUCAAAUAGAGAUGUAUUGAUCGGUCAUCUUAAAUUGUAAUUAGUCAAAUUGGCCGCGCUAUUGUGUGCAAAUGCUGGGCAAAUGAGCUGAUGCAGCCAGCUGAGCCGAGAGAAGAUCUGUGAAGUGGGUUAAUGGGUGGAGGAGGUUCGUUCAGGGCAGACUGUAAUGGUCUGUGUUGACUGGAUUAGAGAGCACGGAGGACCUGACGACUCUACUCAGCCUGUUGGCUCUGUCUGGCUGUAUAUGUUUGUCUCCUGUUUAUGGCCCGGCUGUAUAUCAUGCCCACUUCCUGUAGGAGCUGCUAAGUGGAAGCUUUUUGGCUGUAUGUGGAGCGUUUGAUUUUAGGAUAUUGCGCUCUUGCCAAAGACUCAGUUGUUAGAUCCAGGGGUGCAACUUUCACUGGGGACGGGGGCAUAUUUGCCUCCCUCACACCCAGUUUUAUCAUUGGAAUGUGAUACAAAAUGAGGCAACGGUGUGCUUUAGGACCAUGCUUACUCCUCCGAGCGUCAGGUAGGCUGUUUGGAGUGUUUAUCCGCCUGGAUUAAAAAAUAAUAAUGUCCCCCCCCACUUCUAAAACCAAAGUUGCGGCCCUGGUUAGAUCUGAAGUCCCUCUUGUCCUGCCUGUUACCCAGUAGCUAGAUAAUGGGGCUGAAGUGCAACGAAAGAUAAUGGGGCUGAAGUGAUGCGCGACUUUAUGCUGACAUUACUUGGUCAUCGUGAAGGAAUGCAAUCUCCAGAACUUUGAAGUUUACACUUGCACCACCCUUGUCCUAGUUUGAAACCAUUUACAAGCUGGCAACUACUGGAGAGAUCUGAUUUCAUCAGCAGCUAUUCAGAUAUAGAAUUUGACAGGCAAAACCUAUUUGCUUCAUGGAAUAAAUAUUUCAGCAAAUGGAUGCAUUAGAGCUAAACCAGGUACUUUUCACAAGGAUGGUUUUUGACGAGGGCUUUGAUGCAUCUCCAGGGUGACUGUAUGAUAAAGGGCUCAAACCAUUAUUUCCCACAGACCGUUGCUAUGGAGGCCUCUCUGCUCACCAAAGGCUGUUGAAUGUAUUAAUAGCGCUUCUCUGUAUAAAGACAGACUAACAGUUUUCUUCUGCCAGGUUGUAUGCUUAGUUUAUUGCCACUCUGCUUAUUGCAUUUUCACAAUAAUGCAGUUCACAAGGUUGAAGUAAAACAAUUGAAAGUGGAACAAUAAUAUUAGCGAUUUUGAAUUACCAAUUCAUUAAUAUAUUCCAUUUCACAAUUUGACAAGAAUUUCCUGUAAGUGUGAUGUUAUCAAACCCUUCAGAAUCUUUCAGACAUGUCACCUACUGCCCUAGAGAAAUUCCUCCCGGAGAAAAUUAAAUACUGAGAAUCCUGCACAGGAGAAUGUUGACCGAAUUUGAACUGCGUGUUGCGGAAUAGGAUUGUGACAAUAUCGUAAUAUUUGACAUUGACGAUAUAUAUUGUGAAGUGCAAGACUAUAUAUGAGGCAGCCCCCCGCACCUCUCUGAUUCAGAGGGGUUGGUUUAAAUGCGGAAGACACAUUUCAGUUGAAUGCAUUCAGUUGUACAACUGACUAGGUAUGCCCCUUUACCUUAUACUGUGAUGUGCAAGACUAUGCUCUAUUAUUGUUAUUUUAUUGUUGCUCUUUUUUAUUUUAUAUUUUAUUUAGUAAAUAUUUUUCUUAACUGCAUUGUUGGUUAAGGGCUUGUAAGUAAGCAUUGUAUUCGGCGCAUGUGACAAAUAACAUUUUAUUUUAUUUGAACUUUUACGAAUAAAAACGGUGCAGUUUUAUCAGUUAGGAUAUGUUGAAAAAUAAGUCUAAAUGUAUUAACUAAGCCUUAUUUCUUCGGCAUACAAAUCAAAUUUUAUUUGCCACAUGAGCCGAAUACAACAGGUGUAGACCUUAGAGUGAAAUGCUUACUUACAAGCCCUUAACCAACAAUGCAGUUUUAAGAAAAAAAUAGAUAAGUUAAAAAUAGCAAAUAAUUAAAGAGCAGUAGUAAAAUAACAGUAGGGAGGCUAUAUACAGGGGGUACCGGUACCGAGUCAAUGUCCGGGUGCACCGGUUAAUCGAGGUAAUUGAGGUAAUAUGUACAUGUGGGUAGAGUUAAAGUGACUAUGCAUAGAUAAUAAACAGAGUAGCAGGAGCGUAACAGAGGGGGUGGGGUGGGGCGGACAAUGCAAAUAGUCUGGGUAGCCAUGAUUAGCUGUUCAGGAGUCUUAUGGCUUGGGGGUAGAAGCUGUUAAGAAGCCUUUUGGACCAUUGUAUUGGUCGCGUAAACAUAUAUUAUCGAAGGUGCAGCGAAAUGCUUAUGUUUCUAGCUCCAACAGUGCAGUAAUACCUAACAAUUCAAAACAAUAUGCACAAAUCCCAAAAAAUCGAAAUUAAGAAAUAUCAGAACUAAUAUUACAUACUAAGAUUAUUUAAUGAGAAUGUGACUAUAAUAUCGUAAAUAAGAUGACAAAAAUUGCCCAGUCUAGAAUUAUCUAGUCAUUAAUGGUGCAAAACGAUUAUAUUGGAUAUCUCGAUAUUUGGAGUAGUAUAUCAUAGAAGAGGUCUCCGCAAAUAUCGCCCAACCCUAGAAGACAGGAGAAUGUUGACCCAAUUGGAACGGCGUGUUGCAGAAUACCAAGACCAUGCCUUCAGCUGAUCAAGAAGCAGCUGUAGAGUUCCCUAAAUUAAAGCCGUGCUCCACAAAAGGCUGUGUUCAGAGGGUCAGGCCCAAGCCCCUCACCCACAGGGAGCCAGAUGGCCUGGCUGGCUGGGCUUGCACAACCAUGGGAGACUCACAGUAGACUCCUUGAAUAUGAGCUAUGUAUACAGUACCAGUCAAAAGUUUGGACACACCUACUCAUUCAAGGGUUAUUCUUUAUUUGUACUAUUUUCUACAUUGUAGAAUAAUAGUGAAGACAUCAAAACUAUGAAAUAAGACAUAUGGAAUCAUGUAGUAACCAAAAAAGUGUUAAACAAGUCAAAAUAUAUUUUAUAUUUGAGAUUCUUCAAAACUAUGAAAUAACACAUAUGUCUAAUGUCCAUUGCAUUCUCUCAACCAGCUUCACCUGGAAUGUUUUUUCCAACAGUCUUGAAGGAGUUCCCACAUAUGCUGAGCACUUGUUGGCUGCUUUUCUUUCACUCUGCGGUCCGACUCAUCCCAAAUCAUCUCAAUUUGGUUGAGGUCAGGGGAUUGUGGAGGCCAGGUCAUCUGAUGCAGCACUCCAUCACUCUCCUUGGUAAAAUAGCCCUUACACAGCCUGGAGGUGUGUUGGGUCAUUGUCCUGUUGAAAAACAAAUGAUAGUCCCACUAAGCCCAAACCAGAUGGGAUGGCAUAUCGCUGCAGAAUGCUGUGGUAGCCAUGCUGGUUAAGUGUGCCUUGAAUUCUAAAUAAAUCACAGACAGUGUCACCAGCAAAGCACCCCCACACCAUAACACCACCUCCUCCACGCUUUACGGUGGGAAAUACACAUGUGGAGAUCAUCUGUUCACCCACACCGCGUCUCACAAAGACACGGCAUUGGAACCAAAAAUCUCAAAUUUGGACUGCAGACCAAAGGACAAAUAUCCACCGGUCUAAUGUCCAUUGCUCGUGUUUCUUGGCCCAAGCAGGUCUCUUAUAAUAAUAAUAAUAAUAAUAAUAUGCCAUUUAGCAGCCGCUUUUAUCCAAAGCAACUUACAGUCAUGCGUGCAUAAUUUUUUUUGUGUAUGGGUGGUCCCGGGGAUCGAACCCACUACCUUGGCGUUACAAGCGCCGUGCUCUACCAGCUGAGCUACAGAGGACCACUCUUCUUCUUAUUGGUGUCCUUUAGUAAGGCCUGAGUCACACAGUCCCCUCUGAACAGUUGAUGUUGAGAUGUGUCUGUGACUUGAGCUCUGUGAAGCAUUUAUUUGGGCUGCAAUUUAUGAGGCUGGUAACUCUAAUGAACUUAUCCUCUGCAGCAGAGGUCACUCUGGAUCUUCCAUUCCUGUGGCGGUCCUCAUGAGAGCCAGUUUCAUCAUAGCGCUUGAUGGUUUUAGCGACUGCACUUGACGAAACCUUCAAAGUUCUUGACAUUUUCCGUAUUGACUGACCUUCAUGUCUUAAAGUAAUGAUGGGCUGUCAUUUCUCUUUGCUUAUUUGAGCUGUUCUUGCCAUAAUAUGGAUAUGGUAUUUUACCAAAUAGGGCUAUCUUCUGUAUACCCCCCCCCACCUUGUCACAACACAACUGAUUGGCUCAAACGCAUUAAGAAGGAAAGAAAUUGCACAAAUUAACUUUUAAGAAGGCACACCUGUUAAUUGAAAUGCAUUCCAGGUGACUACCUCAUGAAGCUGGUUGAGAGAAUGCCAAGAGUGUGCAAAGCUGUCAUCAAGGCAAAGGGUGACUAUUUGAAUAAUCUCAAAUACAAAAUAUAUUUUGAUUUGUUUAACACUUUUUGGUUAAUACAUGAUUCCAUAUGUGUUAUUUCAUAGUUUUAAUGUCUUCACUAUUAUUCUACAAUGUAGAAAAUAGUAAAAAUAAAGAAAAACCCUUGAAUGAGUAGGUGUUCUAAAACCUUUGACUGGUACUGUAGAUGGAAGAUAUAUGAAAGAGUUGCAUUUGGAUCCUCUGUGUCUUCCUUUGCCUAGCAACAGUGACCUUGCCAGACACAGCAUUAAAUAGAGAUAUUUAUGUCUGUGUUUCCAGGUCUGAAAUAGGAGCGGUUGUUCACAUGGAUGUCUGUGGGAUGCAUAUUUAUAAAUGAUCCAUAACAUAUUUAAUAAAGGGUAGUGGGUUAUUUUAAUAUUUCAUUUCCCUCCAACAUUAACGCUAACAAUUUACGUGAAGAAGAGGCUUUUAUAGCUGGCGACGGGUCUGGAGGGCAUUGGAAAAAAACAAAUCUCUUAGUUCCAAAAAAUAUCAAACUAACUCAUAAUAUAUUUAAUAAUCUUUUAGGCCCAUGGUCCAGAAUGGGCUGCAAUUUCUUGGCAUUUCUUCACAUUUUAAAGUGGAGCCUUGGCACAUGCUCUUCCAUCGGCCAGGUCACCCGUGAUGCAAGUCAGUAUUCGACGUCCAUCCAUGUCUGAGGACAUCGGGAGAUGACGUGGAAACCGGCCACUAGGGGCAACAGUGAGUGCUGUUACCUUCAAGUAGGUUUCAGUUUUGCUAGGGCUUUGUGGAAGGGGAUGACGGAAGGCGUAAGCAUCUUCCUUUGAAUCCAGCGAUAGAAAGUUGUUUUUUGAUAUUUUUGUUUUAAGCCUAUCCCAAACCUUAACCAUUCAGAGUUAAUGCCUAACCUUACGAAUAUGGAGUUGAUGCUUAAACAUAACCCUAACCUUAACAAUACGGAGUUAAUGCCUAAACUUAACCUUAAACACUUAGAAAUUUGACGUUUGAGAAACAUGGAUGAACGUCUAAUGCUGACGUGAGACUGUGAGAGCUAGAAGCUGACAAGCCUCCUGACACAGUGCUGUUUGUUUUCUGUAUACUCAAUUCAACUGUGCAGUCUGUAAUGUUUUUAGUCCCUUUCAUUUGUCUUGUUUCCUCUGCUUAGGAGCUGAAGUUGCCCACCUACAAGGCCCACUCCCCUCAGAUCGGGAUGCGACGGUAUUUUUCGGACCUGCUGGCUGUCCUCAGUAACCGCUACCAGCUUUGCCCGGCGGCUCGCCAUCUGGCCGUCUACCUCCUGGACCUGUUUAUGGACAACUACGAUGUGGCAGUCCGCCAGCUCUACGUCAUUGCCCUCUCCUGUCUCCUCCUAGCCAGUAAGCAAACAGCAACUAACAGUAGAGCCGGUAAAGAUGGAGCAGUAGAAAGACUACCCCUAGAACACGUAGUGACGAGUACUUCAGUUAUAAUAUCCUUCCUUUACAAGGGCAGAUUUUGGUUGUUUGCCCCGGCUAUUGUACAGAAAGCUGCAUUUAAAUGUUUUCCACUACACAUGCUUUAUGUUUUUGAAUCAUAAUUGUCUGUAGCUGUGUGGUUAGUCUGAGGCAUUGUGUUUAAUGUGAGCUGUGUGGUUAGUCUGAGGAAUUGUGUUUAAUGUGAGCUGUGUGGUUAGUCUGAGGCAUUGUGUUUAGUGUGAGCUGUGUGUAUGAGGCCCUCCCACUCCGGCCCCCUAGACCUCUGUCAGUCAGCAAGGGAACUUAUCACGUGUAAAAACCAGAAGGCCUGCGUUACCCACAACCCUGGCCUGCAUAGUAAUUAAAGUUGUUCAAGAGAAGAAUCACAAUGGUGACUUCUAGAGAAUAGACUGAGAAUCAGGAUGUAGGCGUUAUGACUAACAGGGAACAGUUGCCUUGGACAGUGUUGCAGGGACAGUGACAACAUUCGUGUUUUAGAUUGAGAUGUCUCAUUGUUUAGGGCUGUUUCUGAUUUCUGUUGUGGAACAAUGAUUAUCCCUGCACCUCCCUGAGAGAGGAAGGGCUGUGGGGAUGAUGUUGCAAACGGAAAAGCGUUCGAAAGAUCCCUCUUGUAAAAAUAUAAAUAAAGAAUAUAGGUACUGUUUGGCCUUUCAGUGAAUGUUGCAUAUCUUUCAAGGAAAUUAGAAAUUGUGGAUAGAAUUGGUUGUAUUAUGUUAGGAAUUGUACAUCUAUAAGCACUCUCUUGAGCACACUCAGUAUUUUCUCACUCCACCCACGACAUCUGUUCUACCACUUGCCAUAACACUGUUUCCACUCCAGGUAAGUUUGAGGAGAAGGAGGACCGUGUGCCGAAGCUGGAGCAGCUCAACUCUCUGGGCUUCAUGUGCAGUCUGAACCUGUCCCUGGGCAAGAAGGACCUGGUCAAGAUGGAGCUCCUCCUCUUAGAGACGUUUGGCUGGAACCUGUGCAUGCCCACGCCGGCCCACUUCAUAGACUACUACCUCCAUGCUGCUGUACAGGACGGAGACCUGCACAACGGCUGGCCUCUCUCCUCCCUCAACAAGACCAAAGCCUUCAUGGACAAAUACACACACUACUUCCUAGAAGUCUCACUGCAAGGUGAGGAUGAGAUUAGGAGUGGAAGUCUAUAGUGAGUGACAGAGUGACAGCAGUGUGUGGUCUUAAUGGGCAAGACAGAUUUUCUCUUUAGUGGGGCCAUUCGUUGUUGAGUAUAUGUGACUGAUACUGAUGGUCUGUGUGUGUCUCUGUCUCUGUCUGUGUCUCUGUGUCCCAGACCAUGCCUUCCUGGGCUUCCGGCCGUCCCAGGUGGCAGCAGCCUGCAUCGCGGCGUCCCGCAUCUGUCUCCAGAUCACCCCCAGCUGGACCACCGUCCUCCACCUGCUCACCGGAUACUCCUGGGACCACCUCACCCAGUGCAUGAAGCUGAUGCUGCUGUAAGACUGUACUGCUGCUUUACAUAACGUGCUGUACACACACAUUCAUCUGACCACGAACCAUGCCGACUGCCAUCUGCCUAAACGUCCUUUAUCGUCUGCCAUUUCUAAAGUGAGCAGUUUUCCUGUUUGUUGUGUUCUUCCCAUGUAUGCACUUUUCCUUCAUUUUUCUCAUGUUGUGGUGGGUUAAUGUUCUUCAGCUUUUUCAUACUGUCAAUACCAUUGACCCUUAGUAUAUUGAUGUUUAUGUCCAUCAGCUAAAGGUCGUCAAGUAAUGAUUUGCACUGUUUUCCUCUCUCUAGUGCCCAUGACAACGAUGUGAAACAGGCCAACAAAUCCAAGUCCAACUCUCCGUCUGGCCAGAGCCCUCUCCAACCCCAGGCCCAUCCCUCACCCUCCACAGUCUCCUGCUCCACCCUGAUACAACCCUCUUCUGGAUCCCAGCAGCUGCUCUUCCAGACAGGCGUCUACCAGCAGCACCUCACCCAGCACUCCACUUCCGUUUCCCAUCUGCACAUGCUAGGCGAGUCCCAGGCUCUGGGCCCUGUUGGGUCUCGGGACUACCUCCAGUCCCACCACACAGGGCUCCUUUCAGGCUCGGUUUCUCAGGGAGCCUUCCCCUCCUUCCCCAGCCUGACCUCAGGACUGGGCUCCUCCCUGCCCCUCCAGGGACCCAUCUCCAUGCAAGUGGCCCUUGCUGCAGAGCCCCGUCACUGUCUCGGCCUGUCCUACGGGGGAGGCUACCUGGGCUCCCAUCACACCUUCACAGCAGGCUGCUUCGACAGGUGACGCCAGGAGAGGGAGGACAAACUGAACCUGGGCCAGUCAGUGUCCGCCACCUGUCCUGACUCCCUGUCCUCCUCCACCUGUCCUGACUCCCUGUCCUUCUCCACCUGUCCUGACUCCCUGUCCUCCUCCACCUGUCCUGACUCCCUGUCCUCCUCCACCUGUCCUGACUCCCUGUCCUCCUCCACCUGUCCUGACUCCCUGUCCUCCUCCACCUGUCCUGACUCCCUGUCCUUCUCCACCUGUCCUGACUCCCUGUCCUUCUCCACCUGUCCUGACUCCCUGUCCUUCUCCACCUGUCCUGACUCCCUGUCCUUCUCCACCUGUCCUGACUCCCUGUCCUCCUCCACCUGUCCUGACUCCCUGUCCUUCUCCACCUGUCCUGACUCCCUGUCCUUCUCCACCUGUCCUGACUCCCUGUCCUUCUCCACCCGUCCUGACCUCAUCCACCAAGGUCGAAGGAAACCAAAAGGAAGAAGCAACGUCAACGCAGAUAUUGCUGAGGUAUUGACCUAA